CUUCUGUCAGAGCCAACACUUCCGGAAGAAGCGGAAGACAACAGUCAAUAAACUCUCGGGUUGUGUUUGACAUUUUAAAAAGGGAAUAAAACAAGAGACAUUUCGUUUAAGGGAUCGAAACAUCAAGCGUCAACAUGUUUUCUUUUAAUGUUUUCGACCACCCCAUGGUCCGGGGUCCUCAGAAUCGCUUCUCCACCCAGUACCGCUGCUACUCGGUGUCCAUGCUGGCAGGACCAAACGACCGCUCUGAUGUUGAGAAGGGAGGCAAAAUAAUAAUGCCGCCUUCAGCUCUUGACCAGCUCAGCAGACUCAAUAUCACCUACCCAAUGUUGUUCAAGCUGACCAACAAAAACUCUGACAGAAUGACACACUGCGGUGUUCUGGAGUUUGUGGCAGACGAGGGAAUUUGUUACUUACCACACUGGAUGAUGCAGAAUCUGCUGCUGGAAGAAGGUGGUCUGGUCCAGGUGGAAAGUGUUAAUCUUAUGGUUGCUACUUAUUCAAAGUUCCAGCCACAGAGUCCUGAUUUCCUUGACAUUACCAACCCAAAGGCAGUACUGGAGAAUGCAUUAAGAAACUUUGCAUGCUUGACAACCGGUGAUGUCAUAGCAAUCAGCUACAAUGAAAAGAUAUAUGAGCUGCGAGUGAUGGAGACAAAGCCUGACAAAGCAGUAUCCAUUAUAGAGUGUGAUAUGAACGUUGAUUUUGAUGCUCCGCUGGGUUACAAAGAACCAGAGCGACGACCUCAGUACCAGGAAGAACCUACUGAGGAAGCAGAAGAAUCUAACAACUAUGCUGAUAUGGACACAGGGUUUAGGGCUUUCUCUGGUUCUGGAAAUCGUUUGGAUGGUAAAACAAAAGGCAUCGAACCCAGCCCUGCACCCCUCUGCCCCAGUGACAUUAAAAGAGGCAUUCCCAACUACGACUUUAAAGUCGGUAGGAUCACAUUCAUACGAAACUCCAAGCCUCAGCCUAAGAAAACUGCAGAUGACGAUGAUGCUAUGAACAGAUUCAUCGCCUUUUCUGGACAAGGGCAGUCGCUACGCAAAAAAGGCAGAAAACCUUGAGAAGCGUGAGGUCGCUGCUCAUGUGCACAAGCUCGACUGCAAAAUGUUUUUUUAAUGCACUGCGGAUUUUUCCUCUUUGUCAUUUUAAAAUUGAUGUUUUGCUGUGGAGCUGGAAUUGGAAAAGUCUGUAAUUAAAGUUCUGACAGUAAUGCUUUACUCCACAGAACAUGGGCUUCGUAAGAACACUGUCAGUUUUAAUUAAGUCUACGGAUGUGGAUGUUGACUGAUUUGAGCUUGGUAGAUUAGAUCACAUUCUGUUGUUAUAUCUGACUUUCAAGUUGACUUUACUGCUUUUCACAGUUUCAACAUGCUUUUUCCCUUCAUAUUAACUGCAUACAUACAUUUGUUUUAUUGUUGUUAUUUUUUUCCCUCUUAUUCCAUUUAGAAAUUGGAUGAAUCCCCCUGGUAUAUUUAUAAAUAAAUCCAAGUUGGUUUCUGCAAGACAAAUAUUACUACUGGUGAUGCUGUUUUCACAAGUCACUAGACAAACAGAAAAUCCUUAGACUUUGUCAUUAAAUAUAUUUUUGAUUAUUGUUUAAAGGGCAAUAUUAAUGAAGAAGAUGCUAAUAAUAAUUGAAGACAUUGGAGAAAUUAAAAAGCAAUGCAUUCAAUCCUCUACCACCCAAUUUGGAGCCCUUAUGAAUAGUCCACACACAUAUUGGGAAAACAUCUAAACUGGGGACCAUCACAACUAACUUACACUCCAUUGAAAUUUAGGAAAUAAAAGUUGCUGGUACUUGUGUAUCAGAAUUGUCUAUUUGGAUACUGCUUUACCUCUCAAUUGUAUUUUUUUAUUUCUCGGCAGUUUUUAGAAUAGCUCCUGAGCGGCGUGUUUAUUUUGAAUUUAUUAAACUACAUACAAAGG